AUGUGGAGGCACCGAGCAGCCCGCGGUCUGCUGCUCCUGAAGAAGGAGAUGGGGCUGUACCAGCUCACCAGGGAUAUCAUUGUGAUGAUCCGAGUGUGUAAAAUGUUCCGCCGAAGCCUCCGGGGAUUCCGGGAAUAUCAGAUCAUUGAGACUGGUCACAGAAAACACCCAAUCUUUUCCUUCUGGGACAAAAAGAAGCAGGGCCGGAUCACAUUCGACACCAUGGCCUUUGUGGCUGAGGAGGGGCACUUUCCUCCCAGUGCCAUUGAGAUCACGCUGAAGAAGCCUUCUUGGAGAACAAAGGAAGAGAUCCAAGACCUAGCCAAGAGCACAACCAGUUCCGAUCUCUUCCUGGCCCAGUCCAGCCUCUGUGUUACAACCAGAUUGACCGGCCAUGGCCCUCGUUCCAGGUUUGGCCGCCGACGUGUGGUCAUCAAGAAGGGACAGAGGGGCAACAGCUUUUAUUUCAUCUACCUGGGCAAGGUCGCAAUCACGGAUGAUGAGGACGGCAGCAGCGCUUUCCUGGACCCCCACCCAACCUUGUUGCGAAAGGGCCGCUCUUUCGGGGAAGUAGCCCUUCUGAGUUCUUCCAUGAGGAAAGCCACCGUGGUCUGUCUGGAGGAAGUAGAGUUCUUGGUUGUGGACAAGGAGGAUUUCUUUGCUAAUAAGCUGGAUGUGGAACUUGAAAAGGAUGCCCAGUAUCGGUUUCAAUUUUUUCGGAAGAUGGACCUGUUUCAGUCCUGGCCUAAAGAGAAGCUCUGGCAGCUGGUUGGCUUCGGGAAGGUGGAGAAGUUCUCCUUUGGUCAGCUGAUCUCAAAAGACUUUAUAGAGUCUGCCACCAUUGUGUUCGUCUGCAAGGGCAGCUGUGAAAUCCUGCGACUGAUAGACCUUGGAAAAUCCUUUUCCUACUAUAAGUGGAUCUGGCAGCAUCUGGAAUUCCAGUACAACAAACCUCUGAAGACCCCAGCCUUCGAGCCCUCUCCUAUGGAGAGAUUUAAGGAAUUUCAGAUCAAAUCCUAUCCUGUGCAGGACUUCAGUGCUUUGAAGCUUCUGCAUCUCCAGAAAGCCCAGCAGAAACAGAGAACCAGUAUCAGGCUGAAUGAAACUUCGAUGACUGAUCUUCCAAAGACCUUUGGUUCAAAAAUCAUAUGUAAGAGUGAUUAUCCGGUUAGAAAUCCGGUGAUUGAUCCCAUAACUGGUCGGCUUGUCGAAGAGGCUUGUGUGGGGACCUACAUGAAGAUCCACAAUGUGGAGCAAGGAGAAAUUGUGGGCCUUCACCUUAUCUCCCUCCCCAGUAUCACUCGGGACACUCGGACCCUGAUCCUGGUGAGUCUGGGCGCUGAGGUGAUACGGGUGAAGACAGACAGAUUUGAAGAACUGAUCGACAAUGAGACCAGAGAAAAAUUGGCUAAGUACUAUAUGGAAUACCCCAGUGAUGAAGAACUAUGCCAGCAUUUCCUCCAGGAGAACAGCUGGAAUAUCUUUCGGAAAGACCUGGUGCGGCUGCUGGUGGAGCCUCGCCAAAGGUCAAUGUUCAUCCCCCAACGGUCCAAGAAGACAAAGCCCUCCGACAUGAACUCUGUGAUCCUGAAUUUGUCUGACCUUAACAAGACUAAUACAACUAGCUACCCCAUUUUUAAGGCACCCUCAAAACACCUCCCCCCACUGAGGAUAGUCCAAAGUAUCAUACCACCUCGGCCCCAAAUCCAAGAACUCUUGCCUCAGUAUAAGAAUGCAGGAGUCCUUAUGUAG